GGGUUCGGCCCCUCCCCCGGAAGUGACGCGGGCUUCGGCGUUGAGGAAGGGACCCCGGCAGUGUCGGGGGGGUUUGAGAGUGGCGGAGGCCGUGGAACGACAGGAGACGGCGGCCGUAGUGAAGAACGUCGAGCGCACGCACGGCGAGUGGCAGCUUAACUAGCCACAUCGCCGUCCCGGCCGCGUGGGCGAGGGCGGAGGGCGGGGCUCGAGACCUGCGGCAGCGGGAGAUGCGGGCGGCGGCAGGCACGCGGCUGGCUCGGCUCGGCCGCCGCCGCUUUCUCCGGCCCCGGAGCGGGGGUCGCCGCUGUUUGCCUCGCCGACUUUGAGUCCCUAGUGUGAGGAGCUGUCGGCGACAGAGUCUAGCACCGCGUUCCAGGCCGAGAAGGAUUCCUGUGUCCCGCCUGUGCUGCCAAUUUGUAUGUAAACUGCCCUGGUAUGACGCUUAACGUUUGGAGGAGAAAUACCAGUUGGAUUAGGAACAAAUCGAUCCCUCCACACCAGCCUCCUGGCCACCCAAGACGCACAUCUUGUCAGAGAAACACAAUGGGCUCAUUGGCCGUAUAUUGAACUGGCGGUCUUCUGAGAGGAUGUGAUGAUAAUGAGACUUUAAGCCCACUGCUAUGGACAGUGCCAUCACUCUGUGGCAGUUCCUUCUCCAGCUCCUGCAGGAGCCUCAGAACGAGCACAUGAUCUGCUGGACAUCUAAUAAUGGGGAGUUCAAGCUUCUGCAGGCGGAGGAGGUGGCUCGCCUCUGGGGGAUUCGCAAGAACAAGCCUAAUAUGAAUUAUGACAAACUCAGCCGAGCCCUGAGAUAUUACUACGUAAAGAACAUCAUUAAAAAGGUGAAUGGUCAGAAGUUUGUGUACAAGUUUGUCUCCUAUCCAGAGAUUUUGAAAAUGGAUCCGCUGACGGUAGGCAGGAUUGAGGGAGACUGUGAAACUUUAAAUUCCAUUGAAGCCAGCAGUUCCAAAGAUGCCGAGUGUGGAGGGAAGGAGAGGCCCCCUCCGCCUGGAGCCAAGACCUCCAGUCGCAAUGACUACAUACACUCUGGUUUGUAUUCCUCAUUUACUCUCAACUCUCUGAACACCUCCAAUAAGAAGCUUUUCAAGUCCAUAAAGAUAGAGAAUCCAGCAGAAAAGCUAGCAGAGAAGAAAGCUCAGGAGCCAACACCGUCCGUCAUCAAAUUCGUGACAACACCUGCCAAAAAGCCACCUGUUGAGCCUGUCGCCGUUGCCUUUUCAACAAGCCCUAGUAUUUCUCCAUCUUCUGAAGAAACGAUCCAGGCGUUGGAGACAUUGGUCUCUCCCACACUACCUUCCCUGGAAGCCCCAGCCUCAGUAUCCAUUCUGGCUGCCACCUUUAACCCCACUCCUCCAGUACCAUCCAUACCCCUUCCUCUAAAGGAGCCUUCCAGGACACCCUCUCCACCACUGAGUUCUAACCCAGACAUUGACACAGACAUUGAAUCGGUGGCUUCCCAGCCAAUGGAACUUCCAGAGAACUUGUCACUGGAGCCUAAAAAUGAGGAUUCAGCUUUGCCAGAAAAGGACAAAACAAAUAACUCAUCAAGAUCUAAGAAGCCCAAAGGGUUAGAACUGACGCCCGCCCUUGUGGUCACAGGCAGUGACCCCAGCCCCCUGGGGAUCUUAAGCCCAUCUCUCCCGACUGCGUCUCUCACACCAGCACUCUUUUCACAGACUCCCAUCUUGCUGACUCCGAGCCCCUUGCUCUCCAGCAUCCACUUCUGGAGCACUCUCAGCCCAUUUGCUCCCCUGAGCCCAGCCAGACUGCAAGGUGCUAAUACGCUUUUCCAGUUUCCUUCUGUACUCAACAGUCACGGCCCAUUCACUCUCUCUGGCCUGGACGGACCUUCCACUCCGGGGCCGUUUUCUCCAGACCUACAGAAGACAUAACCAGUGCAGUUGUGGACUAAGAGACCAAGGAACUAGGACGUGGACAUCCACCAUGCUCCGUUCAAAAGCGCGAUAGUUCUGCAGAGCUCAUGACAGACUGUCGUGGUUCCCCUGCCUGUUGACAAGCCUUUUCAGGACUCCGAAAAGUCGGACUGGACAGAAAAUGCCUUAAUCGGAGCCCAAGCUCCGCCUCACUUCUUUUUUAAAAAGGUGUUUUGUUGUUGUUGCUGUUUUUUGUUUUGUUUUGUUGUUGUUUUAAGUUUUGUGCAAAAACCUUUGUCUGUUGGGGUUCAGCAGCUGUGUUUCUCAAGAGAGUCACAGAACAAAGUCACUGGUCCUGGAUGUUAGGACCCUUUGGCCAGGGGAAAAAAAGUAUGCCUAGAAUCUGUUACUUAAAGAAAUACUUGUUAGCCACGUAUGAUGGCCCACUUCCGCGAUCUCAGCACUUGGAAAGCUGAGGCGGGAGGAGAACACCAAGGAUGAAGAAGGCCUAGCCUAGGAUAUAUAUAUAUAUAGUGAGACUGUCUCAAAACAACAAAAAUACUACUUAAAUGGGGCUAGAAGUCUAUUUAGUAGUGAGUAGUCUGCUCUGUUGCAUGUCUGAAGGGAGCUGCUCGGGAGCACUGGGAGAAGCCUUAGGUGGGUUGGCCCUGCUGGGGGUCUGUUUUGCCGUGAGCUCUGACAUGGCAUUUCCACAGAAAGGCAUCUUGUUUGCACUUACCUGAGCAGAUCUCUGUGCCAUCUGCACCUAUGAUCAUGUCUGAACCUGUCACCAGGCCCUGAGCUAUUCUAGCACAAGACUUUGGAAGCUCAGUUUUAAUGUAGGUUUUGGAACAUUCUGUGAGGACAGGAGAUCCCACUGUGAGCAGAGCUCUCUGGGGUGUGCUUUGAGUGGGAUGGUUCUGUAUCCAUGCAGCACAGCAUGCAAGUGGUGAUUUUUUUUCCGGAGAUUAGAAUUGUGGUUUGAAAAUUGAACCAAAAAGGUUCAGUAAAUACCCAGAGACAGGAGGUGGGAUAUUUUCCAUCUAGAAGACCCCGAGGGUGACAGGCCCCUUUUCUUUCUUUCUUUCUUUCUUUCUUUCUUUCUUUCUUUCUUUCUUUCUUUCUUUCUUUCUUUCUUUCUUUCUUUCUUUCUUUCUUUCUUUCUUUCUUCCUUUCUUCCUUCCUUCCUUCCUUCCUUCCUUCCUUCCUUCCUUCCUUCCUUCCUUCCUUCCUUCUUUCCUUCCUUCCUUUUUUGAUUUGGUUUUUUUCGAGACAGGGUUUCUCUGUAUAGCUCUGUCCUGGAACUCACUCUGUAGACCAGGUUGGCCUUGAACUCAGAAAUCCGCCUGCCUCUGCCUUCCAGAGUGCUGGGAUUACAGGUGUGCGCCACCACUGCCCGGCGCCCCCUUUCUUCUUGCCAAUUUUAUUCACUUCUGCUAUGCACUUAACAUGAUGCUUCCUUUUAAAUCUAAGGUCCAAGGAUGAAGCAGUGUUUAUGUGUAAUCAGGAAGGCAAACUCCAAAGUGAAACUUCCUAGUUAGCUGGAGAUACAGACGUGCUUAUUUCUUUCCAAAAGUGUUUUAACUUACAGAAGAUCAGAUUGCAACUAGCCAUUCUCAUACAUAGGAAAUUGGUUAUAAAAUUAGUAAUGAGAAGUAGGGGCCUUUCACCUGCAUAUUAUGGAAUACUGUGUGGUAAGACAGAGCCAGAUGUGUACAGAUACACUGAUCUCGAGUUGAUGCUAAUUUCACAGUGGAAUCUUGAAAUUUUUGACUCUAAAGUCCAGAACUAAAUUAAACCACACGUUCUUCCCCCUGCCCAUUAAACCCUAGACAUGACCUGAGUGGCAUGAAGGAGGAGGGGGCUUGUGGGCUCAGAAUGACACUGAUAACCUGGUGGCAUCUUUUCAGCUGCAUAGCAUUGGCUGUCCAGUGCAGAGGCACUUGAGUGUGGAAGUGUGUGCUGGCUGGGCUGGGGAGGGGAGGGAAGGACCACAGUGCCUUUUAGAGGGGCAGCUAGAGACCUGAUACUGGUUCGUCUGUGGUUAUCCAGGAGUUCUGUUCCCAGGAUGUGCAAUAGCAGUGUUGAGAAGUUGGGUUCAGAGCGAUGGGAAUAGGUACUGUAAUGGGCUUUCUUCUCAUGGUGCAUUAUUUAGUUUGCAUGCAUAUUCGGAAUUACCCUCAGCAGCACUUUGUAGUAAUUUAGUGGGUUAAUAUUGUGUAAACUAAGUAAGUAUUGAUAGAUGACCUAACUAGAUGUUUGAAAUUCUGAAUACAUAAAAAUAUUUUUAUCUUCUUGAGUUAAAGGAGAAAAGCCAUUGAUUUGUUUUCACAGAUGAAAUAUUUGGUAAUUUACUGUCUUAGCACAGAGCUGCCUUGGGUCCGAGGGCACCAUUUAAACUCAGGCCGGGUGUGGUAGCACAGGCCUGUAAUCCCACCACCCGGGAAAUGGAAGCUGGAGGAUCAAGAGUCGGGGCUAGCCUCAGCUACAUAGUAAGUUUGAGACUAGUUUAGACUACAUGAGACCCUGUCUCAAAAAAACAGGCAAAAAUCUCAGCAACUUUGUAAGAAACCAUGAGGCCUUGUGGGAUUGGAUAGACCUGCCUUUGGAUGGAUUUAUGGGAGCAUGUGCCUGGGCUGUGCACGCGUGUGUCCUUUUUUGUUAAAGUUGGUAUAACUUUGCUGUGUGUGUGAGGCAGACAUUUCUAUCUAUAGACUACCUCCUUCCUGAAAAAGUCUGAACUUUGUUUUGGUUUGAAUAGCCAUAGAGUUCUUAGCAUCAACAGAUAUAUUCAGGGAGAGAUGCUAUCCCUUCAACUCAUCUCUGGUGUGCACCACCAGUCACCUUGCUAGGGCGAAGGAAGCCAGGCACCAGUAGCCUGAGGCGAGGGGAGUGGGAGUUUGAGGCUUCUUCUGAGGCAGUGGAGCCUUUCUUCCACUCUGGGCCAUCCCAGCUUAACCCAGUGACUGAAGGUGUGAGAGUUGGGGUCUCAGGGUCUCCUGCGAAGGCCUGGGUUGGAGGGUCUGCUGGUUCCCUUGGGUGUCCGUGGGUCCCCUGGGGUGGGUUUGAAGGCUGUACACAGCCGCUCAGCAGUGCCACACACCCCUGUGUCUGCGUCCCUGGGUGGGUUUUCACUUAAACUGUACUUUUACUCAUGACGAUGUUUUUAAAAUACAAAAUUAAAAUGUCAAGUUUAACUUAA